GUCCGCACAUGUUGUUGGCUCAAGACCGUUUGGAGCGGUUUCCAGAAUUCUCAGCGCUCCACUGCGAGUACGGGGCGGUGGCGCUUGCUGACUCCCGCGAGAUGCACCAGUUGUCCUCGCCUGCGGGUGCGUUCCGAUUCGAUGAGGGACGGUCUCAACCGCCUGCUGCCGUUGGGCUCGCGGAGCUGAUCAGGCAACAGGCCCUCGCUGCACGGCAGGUGCUGGCCCUCAACGAGCAGCUCGCGCUGGCUCUCGACGAUCUGUCGGCUCGGGACCCUGGGAAUCCAGAAGUUGUUGCUCCUCCAGCGGAAGCACUUUGUGAGUUCAAGGGCACGCCACUCGCAUCCAUGGACCCUACACAGUGCUCCAUAGAGGAUCCGACACAGUCGACGCCGCUGUUGCAGGGUGUGAAGACGGACGACUUCAAGAGCCGUGCAUACUUGACGCAGAAUCGGCUUAAUGAGUGUAAGGCCAUCGGGAUCGUGAAGCAGAAGGCGGACCCGCAUUUUUGCGAAGCGCGCGAUUACAAGGACCACGGCCUGUCCGCUAGGCUUGUAAAGCAUCCAAGGUUCGAGUCGGUGAUGUUCAUCAUGAUCGUAUUAAACAGUAUCUGGCUUGGGGUUGAGGCAGACUACAACAAGGAGGACAUAUUAUGCCAGGCUCCCUUGGUAUUCCAGGUAGUGGACAAUAUAUUCUGCACCUACUUCACCGUCGAGUUCAUGCUGAGGUUCUUUGCCCUGAAGCACAGAGCAAGGGCGAUGAGAACUGGACCAUUUCUGCUGGACGCCUUCUUGGUCAUUGUUAGUGUGUGGGAGACUUGGGUGCAAGUCCUCGUAUUCCUCAUCUUCCAGCGGAGGGCGGGCAUGGGCGGCGUCCUCAAGAGCUCGCUUUCCCUGCGAGUGCUGCGCAUAGUGCGUGUGCUUCGCGUGCUUCGCGCGUCGCGGUCCAUGCCGGUGCUGCUCACAUUCAUGGAGGGCAUGAUCAAAGGCGUGAAGGCCGUCGCCACGAGUCUCCUGCUCCUGAUCGGAGUGAUCUACGUGUUCGCGCGGUGGCGGAUUCUUUUCACCCAGCUGCUGGGGGGCACAGCACCGUUUCAGUCGUCAUUCGGCACCGUGUUGACGUCUGUGCACUUCCUCUUCCUCACGGCCCUCUGCAGCAUCGACAAGAACUUCAUCAUCCAGAUGCUCGACGCCGGAUGGAUGUGUUGGCUCAUCUGGUUGCUCUUCAUCUUGGUCGCGAACCUGACGAUCAUGAGGAUGUUGACUGGCGUGAUCCUGAGCCUUGUCCAGGACGUGAAUGCGCAGAACAAGGGGAACGACGGGAAAAACCAGCUGAUGCGAACAGUUUGUGUCAUGAUGGAUGAAAACAUGAACAAUCGAAUCUCGAGGGAAGAGUUCAAAGCACUGGCCAACCGCCCCGACCUCAUGGAGCUUCUCACCGAGUCGGGAGUCGACCUGGGCUUCUUUGUCGAGACGAUGCUGGACAGCUGGCCGCACUACGAGGAAGUGUCCGCCGACCACUUGGUGACCCAGAUGGUCAAGUGCCGCGGCUCCAACACCGUUACGCUGGAGGACCUGAUCAGGCAGAGCCGGAGCCUGGAGCAGAGGCUCGCGGCCUGCCUCGAGCGGGCCCUGCGCGAGCGGCCGUGA